AUGCCGCUCUUCAUUUACUACAUAAAUCUGAUUUUAGUGGUGACGUGUCGAGUGGUCCUAGGCGUUCCCGGUGAGACCGGUAACGCGCUGCGCCACGUGCUCUCCUGUGUCCCAAGUGCGGCUCUGCUGCCUGUGGGUGCCACCAUCCUCUCCAUCCUCUCCUCAGCGCGCGGGCUGCAACUAGCUUUGGUGGUGAGCGGCCCUGUGGCAUCCCCACUCGGCGCCACAAUUCUCUCGACCCUCUCCUCUGCUCGCGGGCUGCAACUAGCUGCUGUGGUGGACGGCAAUCCCGAGGCUAACGGGCGGGAUGCUGGGGAGGUGGCGGGUCUACCUGAGCCUCUCGAACUGCCAGUGGUGGCUGACGUCAUCAUGGUCCUGGCCUCCGUUGCUCAGGUGCCUCUCUGUUUCUCAGGUGCCUCUCUGUUUCUCAGGUGCCUCGCUGUUGCUCACUUGCCUCUCUGCUGCUCAGUCUUUCUCUACCCUUGCUCUCCCCUUGACUUUCUUUCACCUGAUUUUUCUUCCCUUCACUCGCCCUCUACUCACUCUGCCUCCACUCACUCGCCCUCCACUCACUCGCCCUCCACUCAUUCGCCCUCCACUCACUCGCCCUCUACUCACUCGCCCUCUACUCACUCGCCCUCUACUCACUCGCCCUCUACUCACUCGCCCUCCACUCACUCGCCCUCCACUCACUCGCCCUCCACUCACUCGCCCUCCACUCACUCGCCCUCUAAUCACUCGCCCUCUACUCACUCGCCCUCUACUCACUCGCCCUCUACUCACUCUUCCUCCACUCAUUCCCUCCACUCCCUCCCUCUCAUCUCCCCCAGUCGCGUGCCCCCCUUCUUUCCCCCCUUCCCCCAUCACGGUCUGAGCAGUGUGAUGGUGGGGGCGUGCAUACCCAUCCUUUCCCCCCUUCCCCCACCAUCCCUCCCGUCCGUCUCCCUCCCUUCUUCCCCUUUUCCCCCUCACCAGGCAACAGCAUUCGGUCUCAGCAGUGUGGUGGUGGGGGCGGGCGGGCAUACCAGAGGAUGGGCUGCAACGGCAUUCGGGCUCAGCAGUGUGGUGGUGGGGGCGCACAUACCAGAGGAUGAGCUCAGCGGUCUCUAUGAGUUCUGCGACAAGGCAUCCAUGGGAUGCAUCAUCGCCCCCACCCUCAGCAUCCUCUCCAUCCUAUUGGAACGAGCUGCCACCCAGUUCGCCUUCCAUUGCUCGCACGCGCACAUCAUCGAGUCACGCGCUGGCUUGGCUCAGAGGACGCUGUUCGACUGGCCCAGCAGCUCGCUCAAGUGGGACGCACGUUCAAUGGCAACGAUGCAUCUGACGACCCA